GGAUAAUUUGGUCUUCUCGUAACAGAGAAGCAGAUCCAGUAACCCAACAAAAACCAGCUGGAAGGAGUAGCAAGUCCUCUCUCGGUGGAUGUAGUACAACAUCGAGGGAGUGACCGCCAGAGUCCCUGCAUGUCACAUGUGCUUGCUGUAACUGGACGGAGAACUGAGACUGGGAAUCCAGCGUCCAAGUGGCUGAUCACUUCUGGACCAUGAAGCUUAGUGUGGCUUUGUUUUUUGCCGGGCUCUUCGGCGCUUUGGCUGCUGUCUUCAUCCUGUUUUCCUUUGGAACUGAUUACUGGCUGCUGGCCUCGGAGGGCUGCCAUUCAACCCCUGGCAGAUCUGAUGUGGAGGGUGGAAGUGAUCACGGCAGAAACAUUACUCUGUACCAUGAAGGUUUCUUCUGGAGAUGCUCCUUCAGAGGCAGCGUCGAUGAAAACCACCUGAUAACGAAGCUGUGGUUCACAAACCAGCCUCACUCAAAAGAAUGUCAGCCUGCAUACCUGUUCCCAUUUCCUGUGUCUUAUCAGACCCACAACGCCACCGAGUAUGAUUCUGCAAUAAUCUACAGGGGUUUCUGGAGCAUCUUUAUGCUUAUUGGUGUGGCAGCUUUCAUUCUUGGUGGGUUCUUCGUCAUCUGUGCUGCACCGUUUGCAAGUCAUUGCUUAUACAAAGCUGGAGGCAGUUUCUUCUUGGUGUCCGGCCUUUUCCUGCUGUGCGUUGUGGUGAUGUACGUGCUGUGGCUUCAAGUUUUGGAUGUCCUGAAUGUGUAUAUCACCCGCCAGCGCGAAUCUCUGUGUCCAAACUUUCAACUGUCCAUCAGCUACGGGUUGUCCUUCAUGUUAGCACCCGUUGGCAUCUUCUUCUGCCUCGUGGCCGGCCUUCUCUUCCUCCUUAUUGGACGAACAGUUCGGGUUCAUCACAACUGAAGAGUUUCAAGUUUAUUGCCAGAUUUUUUUUUUUUUUUUACUUUCACCGUUUUUCUGCCACAAACAAUCCCCCAACAUGUUUAGUUUUCGUUUAAUGGUUUGAAAACUGUAGUUUUAAGAGAAUUUAUCACCAAAUAUUCAGAAAUGACAUCUUUACUGUCCCAGCCUGAAGUUCCUUUAGCACAGCUUCAAAAAUCUGAAUUACAAAGUAAAAAAAAGACAUGCAUGCAUUCUUUGGUCUUAUUUUAACCUUUUAUGUUCUGUAUGUUCAUAAAAUUGAAAUUGUGAAGAGAAACAUUGCGAAUGAAAGUGUAAUAUAGGUUAAAAGAGUGAACUGUGGACAUACUUUUUAUACUUCACCGUAGAAUGUUUCUUAGAUCCACCUGGCUUCAUGUUUAGAACAAUGUUUGAAACCAAGUUUUCAAAAAUGAGUGAAACACACUUCAGAUUUUCAUAUUUGUUAGUCAUUUGGUCAUGCAGUGAUCUCAGUAUUAUAGCUUAAACUGUGCAGGUUCCCGAUCACUGAUGAUUGGCUCUGCACUGCUGUCACAUUUGUAAAUGAAGCAACAGUUUUAUGUUGAUGAUGUGACAUUCUUUUGGUGUGAGCGAGUGUUAUUUGAAUUUGCAGUGGGUAUAUUCUGACAAAUAAAUAUUUUUCUUUGUCAUUUGA